AGCGCCGCUUCGAGUCGAACACACCUAAAGACUGCAGUGAAAGUAAAACUCAACAGAUGAACUGAAAGCUUCGUCAGACAACAACACUUCUAUUCAGAAAUUUGAAAAUGAACGAUCAGAUCUGAUAUUCAAUUACAGUAUCCCACCGGAGUGCCACAGAGUCACCAGAAACACCAGACCAGCAGUUUCAGAACAGAAGUUAGGGGCGGAGCUUAGGCUGGACAUUCCUCAACUGUCCUAACUUCCAGUCGGAAACUUCUGUCACAUAUUGCUAUAUGACUGCUUUGACUCUGAUAUAAACAUUAGUUCAUAGUUUAUGUUGUUAUAAACGUUUUUAGUUAGAAUCAUUUUUAACAUGCAACAUCCAUAUACAAGCUAAAUGACUCGAUGCACAUCAUUUGUACUAUCAAAACUGCUCUGUUCAGCAGUGUAGAUGAUAUAUUGUCAUUACUUACCCUUUUUCAGGCAUGGCAUCCUCCAGUGGUCCACUAAAUGAGGAGCUCCAGUGCUCCAUCUGUCUGGAUGUGUUCACUGAUCCAGUCACCACUCCAUGUGGACACAACUACUGCAGAACCUGCCUGAACAAGUGCUGGACAAACACACUGACCUGCUUCUGUCCACUCUGUAAAGAAUCAUUCAGCAGAAGACCUGAUCUCAAGGUUAAUACAACACUCAGAGAGGUUGUGCAACACUUUAAGGAGAAGCUCAGUCUAGGAAGACCUGAGGUGUUCUGUGACAUCUGUGAUGAAAUAAAGCAGAAAGCUGUGAAGUCCUGUCUGACGUGUCCAAGCUCUUACUGUGAGACUCACCUGGAGCCUCAUCACAGAGUCCAGCGUCUAAAGAAACACAAACUGAUCAACGCUGUGGAAAAUCUGGAGGAUUAUAUAUGCCAGAAACACGAGAGACCUCUGGAGCUGUUCUGCAGAGAUGAUCAGACGAGUGUGUGUCUGUCCUGCACUGAAGGAGACCACAGGACUCACAACACUGUUCCUAUAGAGGAGGAGAGUCAGGAGAAGAAGAAUCAGCUGGUUCAGACACAGACAGACGUGCAGCAGAUGAUCCAGAACAGAAUGAAGAAGAUUCAAGAGAUCCAGCACUCAGUAGAGGAGAGAAAGAGGAACACAGAGAAAGAGAAAUCAGCCAGUGUUGAGCUCUUCACUGAUCUGAUCCGCUGCAUUGAGAGAUGUCAGUCUGAGCUGCUGAAGAUGGAGGAACAGCAGAAAGCAUCAGAGAAACAGGCUGAAGAUCUCAUUAAAGAGCUGCAGCAGGAAAUCACUGAUCUGAAGAAGAGAAAUACUGAGCUGGAGCAGCUCUCACACACUGAUGAUCAUCUGCGCCUCCUACAGAUGUUCUCAUCCCUGUGCAGUCGUCCACACACCAAGAACUGGACUGAGAUCAGUAUUGACUCUGAUGUGAAUGUGUAUUCAAUGAAUAAAGCUCUGAUUCAGCUGCAGAAAACUCUAGAUGAGAGUCUAAAUAAAGCUGCUCAAACUGGGUUCAAGUGUCUACAGAAGUUUGCAGUGGAUGUGACUCUGAAUCCUGAUUCAGCGAAUCGAUAUCUCAUUCUGUCUGAUGAUGGAAAACAAGUCAGUCAUGGAGAUAUUGAGCAGGACGUCCCAGAAAACCCAAAGAGAUUUGAUGUCUGUUCUUGUGUUCUGGCAAAGCAGGGAUUCAGUUCAGGCAGAUUUUACUAUGAGGUGCAGGUGAAGGGGAAGACUGGGUGGAGUUUAGGACUGGCCAGAGAAUCUGUUUACAGGAAGGGGACGAUCACAUAUACUCCAAUGAAUGGAUUCUGGAUUCUGAUUCUGAGGAAUGAGAAUCAAUAUAAAGCUUGUGAAAGUCCAUCUGUCUCUUUAUCUCUGAGAGGGAAACCUGAGAAGGUGGGAUUGUUUGUGGAUUAUGAGGAGGGUCUGGUCUCUUUUUAUGAUGUGGGCUCCAGCUCUCAUAUCUGCUCUUUCACUGGUCAGACUUUCACUGACAAACUCUAUCCAUAUUUUAGCCCAUACCUUAAUAAUAAAGGUAAAAACUCAAACCCACUGAUCAUCUCACCUGUUAACAAAUAAAUUGCUCUGAAAUAUGAAACAACAUGUGGAAAGAAUAACUAUGCAAAAACUUUUUGUUUUCUGCUUUUCUUUUCUUUUUUAAUUAAAUGUUUGUAAAUAUGUUUCACAAAAUGAGUUGGGUCACACUUUAUAUUAGUUGGCCUUAACUACUCUGUACUUGUUAGGGGCAGGUUUGGUAGUAUGGGUCAACAGUGUAAUUAUAAAUCUAAUUACAGAAAUUAAUUACGGAUGUAACUACAUAUAGGUAUUUUUACAAAUGUACAAUGUAAAAGCAUGUAUGUACACAAUAAGUGCAUUGUACCAAAUGAUUAAUUUAAAUGUAAGUACACAGUAGUUAAGGCUACUUAAUAUAAAGUGGGACCAUAAGUUGUCACAGCUACAGACUGGACCAUGAAAACCUGAAAUGGGAUUUGAUUUCCACAAAUGGACGGUCAUUUCUAUCAAUACUGACAUUUUUUUUAACCCGGUGUACAGACUACAAUGUUUUUUUUUAUUUCCUUUAAUUUUGUUAUAAUAUACAACUUCAUACAGGGUUAAAAUGGUACAUUUCAUCAGUUUAAAUAUUUGAUAUGUUUUGUAUGUUUUACUGCAAAUAAAAAUUAUAUAU